AUGGGAUCGACUACAUUGAGACGUUUUCUCUUGUCGUCUACAUCAACUCCAUUCGCGUGUUCCUCUCUCUCGUCGUCAAUCCAGAAUAAUUUUUCCACUAGUUAGAUGUUUCUAAUAUUUUUUUCUACAGUGAUCUCAUGGAGCAAGUUUUUAUGGAACAACCUCUUAGGUAUGUUGCUUAAGGAGAGUCAUCAAAGGUGUGUCUCUUGCGACGUGUCAUUUAUGGGCUCAAAUAGAGUCCAUGUACUUAGUUCACCAAGUUUAGUAGUUUAUUCACCACCUUUGGCUUUGUCUCUUGCAUUGCGGACCUUAUCGUGCUCAUGAAGAAGAUAGAAGGCAGCCUUAUCAUCCUUACAAUCUAUGUCGACGAUAUUUUUGUGACUGAAAGUGAUGAGGCCGACAUCUCUGCUAUUAAAGCUUACUUACAGCGGCACCUUAACAUUCAUGACUUGAAGACUCUGUAGUAUUUUCUUGAGAUUGAGUUUAUAUAUCAAGACUGAAAUCUCGCCCUCACUCAGCGAAAGUAUGCUCUCGACAUGUUUCAGGAGAUAGGCCUCCUUGGGUACAAGUCGGAGACUUCACCCAUGAAAGCUCACUUGCAAUUCUAGGACACUUCAUCUCCCUUACUUGAAGAUGUUAAUUGGUAUCGACGAUUGUUGAACAAGUUGAUAUAUUUCACUAUCACUCUCCUCGACAGCAUGUACACGAUUAGUGUCUUGAGUCAGUUCAUGCAAGAGUCUUGAUGAGUUCAUUAGAAGGGCGCUCUAUGAGUCCUCGCCUACAUCAAACGAUCUUUGAGAAAUGA